AAGUAAAAAUAUCAAGGGAGAACAAAGGCAGAGCGAGAGACACGAAACCUCAAAAGGAUAAAACAAAAACCAAUGCGUCUGUCUGAAAACCAAAACCAAAGGUGAUGCUGUGUGCAGCAGCAUUCCAAGAUGCCCUUUAUUCUUCAUCCCUGUAAGUCCCUUUGCUCUUCCAACUGCACAACAAUACCAGUUAAGGAUACCACUUUUUUCACCAAAACCUUCAUCAAGAAACCCCACAACAAUUCCACCAAGUUUCGUUCUUUUGCCAAGAUUGUUCUUUCCACUCCCCGUGCUUCCAUAGUUUCUAAGAAAGAUUCAAUCUUGGGUUACACCCACUUCACACUUUGCUCCAGGAGUGAUGGGUUUGAUGGCUUUCCCACUGAAGAGGCCAUUGAUGAUGGAACAACCCAAGAGCUUGAAAAGCUUGAGUUGCUGAACAAGCCUUCUCCUGUGCUUGUUACAGAAGAGUCUUCUCCUGAAGUUGAAGUGGAGCAAGAGAAACCCUCCAAAGAGGAGGCUUUGGCACCUUUCUUGAAGUUUUUCAAAGGAAGGGAUUCUGGGGAGGGUGUAGAGGAAGAGGGCCAGGAAUUGCAAGUUUCUGAGGAGAAAAGUGAUGUGGAGAGUGAGAAUGAAGAGGGAGAUAAGAAGGUUAAUGUUGAGUACUAUGAGCCAAGACCUGGGGAUUUUGUGGUGGGUGUUGUUGUUUCAGGUAAUGAGAACAAGCUUGAUGUUAAUGUAGGGGCAGACUUGCUAGGUACAAUGUUGACGAAGGAAGUGCUUCCCUUGUAUGGUAAGGAAAUGGAGAACUUGUUGUGUGAUGUGGACAAUGAUGCUGAGAGUUUCAUGGCUCAGGGGAAGAUGGGAAUUGUGAAGAAUGAGGAGGCAAUAAGUGGAGUGGCAGUGCCUGGAAGGCCUGUUGUGGAGAUUGGAACCAUUUUGUUUGCUGAGGUUUUAGGUAGAACACUUAGUGGCCGGCCAUUGCUUUCCACCAGAAGGCUCUUUCGCCGCAUUGCUUGGCAUCGAGUGAGGCAGAUAAAACAGCUCAAUGAACCUAUUGAGGUUAGAAUUACUGAGUGGAAUACCGGCGGCCUGCUAACAAGGAUUGAGGGUUUGCGAGCUUUUCUACCCAAAGCUGAGCUUCUAAGAAGAGCAAAUAGCUUUACGGAAUUGAAAGAAAAUGUGGGGCGCCGUAUAUAUGUACAAAUUACUCAGAUAGAUGAAACUAAAAACAAUUUGAUACUUAGUGAAAAGGAAGCUUGGGAAAAGCGGUAUCUUCGUGAGGGAACACUUCUAGAUGGAACUGUAAAAAAGAUUUUACCGUAUGGAGCCCAAAUUAAGCUAGGAAAAACUAACAGAAGUGGAUUGCUGCAUGUUUCAAAUAUCUCUCGAGCUGAAAUUGCUUCUGUCAGUGACAUACUUUCUGUUGAUGAGAACGUUAAAGUUCUUGUGGUGAAGUCAAUGUUUCCUGAUAAAAUUUCUCUCAGCAUUGCAGACCUUGAAAGUGAACCUGGCCUUUUUCUAUCAAAUAAAGAGAGAGUAUUUCUGGAGGCUGAUAUGAUGGCAAAGAAAUAUAAGCAAAAGCUACCACCUGCUGUCAUCACUCAACGAUUAGAACCCCUACCAACCAGUGCCCUGCCUUUUGAAAAUGAAUCACUUUAUGCAAACUGGAAGUGGUUCAAGUUUGAAAAAUAAUGAAGUAACAAGUUGACACAAAACACAAGCAUGAUGUUAUUCACUGACAGAAGCUCGACUGAGAGAACUUGACAUUGCAUGGGGGCGUGACAUUGCAUGGAAGAAAACAUUAAGAGCCUCAUUGGUUUUUGUUUUGAUACGCUCACUGUUCUCCUGAUGAGAGCAUAAAGAUCACCAGCUAUGAAGUAUAUGUGGUCAAAAGGAUCAAAGAGUGAUUCACUUUUUUUUUUCCUUUCUUUUUAUCUUAAAUUUUGUCGUGCGGGGUCUCAUUUUAUAGAUAGAUUCAUGUAGUUUUAUGUAAAUUAAGGGAUAAAUUUUCGAGUUUAAUUUUGAUUAACGCUCAGAGUAAAGCUUUUGCACUCUCAGCAUGUUGUGUUGACACUUCAUUUUUGACCUUCCAAGUUACAAAUUUGUUUAUGUUCUAACAUUAUUUUAUGUGAUAGUGUAAAAGUUUUAUAUUGAUAA